AAAGGUUAUCCACCAACUUCUCCAAAAUUUAAUUAAAAAGCACAACCGCCGGUAGCCCUUAAAAACCGUCUUUCCGUGCAAUGAAGCACAAGGAGGCAAAACUGCCAAUGGCGGAUCAGACCGGUCGAGCCGGACUCAACAGGGGCGCAAGCAACAAUGAUUUUCGUCUAAAAUACGCUGUCGAUGCCGGAUUCUUAUCCGGUCCACACCCUAACGACACGCCGAACGCCCUCGCCCUCGAUGACGAAGAAUCGGGUAGAGCCCCGAGCUCUGACGACUCGGAGAGCUGCGAAUCGGCUGGUGAGUCGCCGCGACUGGCCAGUCUGGCAGCGAGCUUCCGCGUCUUCUCCGAGUCGCUGUUAAGAAUGGAACGAGCCCAAUUGGAGAUGGCCAAGGCGAGGGAGGCCUCGCGAUUGGAAUCGGAGAAGCGGCGGAUCGAAUCGGAGGCCGAGCUGACUCGGAUGAUGCGGCAGACUCAGUUGCAGAUCGCCUCGUUUGUCUUGCAGCAGAGUCCGAGUAGAAAGCGGAAGCGCGUCGAAGAAGAUCACUCGCCAUUACUUUCUGAAAGGGAAGGAGCAUUGCUGUCCAGUUUUAUCCAGUGCAAUUUGCUCUUCUGAAGUCACUUAUGGCCCCAAGUCAGAUCAUGGGGAAACUAUGUAUUUAUUAUUUUCCUCGAGAAAAUAAUAAAAUGAUGUUAUUUCAUAUUAUUGAUAAAAUGAUGUUUUUUU